GCUGUCCCUUCACGUUUUUUUCCGAAUCGCAUCACCGCUAACCAUGUAGUUCCCUCAUUUAUUUAAACACUUCUGUGGCACUUGUUGCUACCGUUUUUAAAUAACUCCCAACUAUAUACCGCUCAUGCUUCUGAUGCCAUUUGCUACGCGUUCACCUAUAAAACACUCAGUUGCUCGGCCAUGUCCAUUAUCUGCCGUACUCAGACUCCUCUGGAACGCAAUAAGGCUCGGCCAGCCGUCUUCCGCUAGGAACCUCAUGACAGAUUAUUGGAGAAUUUGACAAACAGUCUGCCGCGAUUAUAUAACUAAUUUGGUUAUCAAGAUAACGCCUUAUGAUUGCCCUAUGCUUACCGAUGAACAUUCACUCUGUCGUGAUGUUAUCCAGCUACUCUCGAAUCUCUGCUCUCCAACGGUGCCCCCAAGAGAUCUGGGAACAUAUCAUUUACUGCCUAGACGACGAGUCAGCUGCAUCUGCAGCGCGAGUCUGCUAUGCGUGGACCUUCGCCUCCCGUCGGCGUCUGUACCGAUACUUGACAUUCACCUACCCUUCCCACAAACUCGAAGAGACCUUGUCCAACAGCGCCGUGAUUCGAGCGUGUAUCCGACGCCUGCGGCUCAAAUGGCAUGCAGAAGCCAACUUUGACUGGGUCACACUGCUCCCCCCGGGGAACAUCCAAUCCAUCGAAUUCUACUUCUACCCAGGAUGUUUUGAAGAAACCUUCCCGUUCCAUGUAAUGGACAACUUCUCCGCGUUAGCGGGUGCACGCCAUAUCACCAUCCAGGGCCCGGAUGGAUACGGCCAUUCGACUCUCCAGCGCUUAUGCUCUUCUCCAGUUCUCAAAGAGCUCCAAAUCUACUCGUCGUCAAAGUGUAACCUCGAGAGCAUUGACCCCGUUUGCCCAUUGACGCGUCUCACCAUCAAUUCAUGCACCAGCUCUUUCGUGUUUCGCUUCCCCAUAGGCAGCUUUACUGCCUCUCUCACCCGACUGGAUGUAGCUUUUGAUAACUUCGACCGAGAUGAUGAGAUCAACGGACGGUCUCGAUCGCUCCAUGAUUUCAAGACAUCGCUCUCGCAGCUUACUCUCCUCCAGCAUCUUGUGGUCUACGCGUUACGGCAUAUUCCUGAACCUUUCCUAGACGAGGUAGUCGCGCACCUCUCCAUGCUAGAGUCAUUGCAUGCGACUUCGGGGUCAUACAGCACUAUGCUUUUUGACCACCUACCUCUGACCUUGCGGUGCCUGAGUCUCAAAGGAUUUUGGCAAGAGGCGACGCUCCCGAUGGUAAACCUUAUCCAUUCCAGUCGUUUGGAUGACAUCCUGUUGUGGCCGUCACGUCUGCCAAGUCGUUGCUCGAUGGAUAAUUUGCAACCCAUAAAGGAGGCAUGUGCAGCUAGGAAUGUCCGGUUUCGAGUCAUCGCGGCGAGGGACGCAUCAGCUUUCAUCGCCAACUUCCCGCAUGAUAAUGAGCGAAUAGAAAAUCAAACACUCGUGUACAGAUGGUGAUUUAUAUUCAAAUUUAAUAUGCAGAAUACAAGGAGCAUAGAGAGUCCCAAAUCCAUGAUACCAAGACGAAACUAUCUAUUCCCUGUCCGUAGUCGUCGGUAAAAUACCGGCGCCCGUUCGUGUGCUCGUCCUUAGGUAUUGUCUCGAUGCAAAUUCUCACGAGACGGUAUCGAAUACAGUGUCUCCUUGAAACCCGAAACAAAUGUUCACUGAAGCUCAAAGUACCGCCGUCUCCAUAUAGACACCUUCUCCUUCCACAGAUCGCUUACUUCCCGAAACAGGUAAGUGCAUGGUCAAAACGUACGCGAGGAUUAUGGAAGCUUUCAGUGAACAUGAGCUUGGAG